AUGCCUUUCUUGCCUAACAGCAGACCAGCACAAACUACAACUACAGCUUCAUCAACCACAUCUCCAACAACAAGCAAUCCAACAACAUCCGCAGCUGUAACAUCUGAAGCCACGACUAUUACUACAGUACCUUCAACUUCAGAGAGUACACCAGCACAAACCACAACUACAGCUUUAUCGACCACAUCUCCAACAACGAGCAAUCCAACAACAUCCACAGCUGUAACAUCUGAAUCCACUACUCUUACUACAAUACCUUCAACUUCAGAGAGUACACCAGCACAAACUACAACUACAGCUUCAUCAACCACAUCUCCAACAACAAGCAAUCCAACAACAUCAGCAGCUGUAACAUCUGAAGCCACGACUCUUACUACAAUACCUUCAACUUCAGAGAGUACACCAGCACAAACCACAACUACAGCUUCAUCAACCACAUCUCCAACAACAAGCAAUCCAACAACAUCCGCAGCUGUAACAUCUGAAGCCACAACUCUUACUACAAUACCUUCAACUUCAGAGAGUACACCAGCACAAACUACAACUACAGCUUCGUCAACCACAUAUCCAACAACAAGCAAUCCAACAACAUCCGCAGCUGUAACGUCUGAAUCCAUGACUCUUACUACAAUACCUUCAACUUCAGAGAGUACACCAGCACAAACCACAACUACAGCUUCAUCAACCACAUCUCCAACAACAAGCAAUCCAACAACAUCCGCAGCUGUAACAUCUGAAACCACGACUCUUACUACAAUACCUUCAACUUCAGAGAGUACACCAGCACAAACUACAACUACAGCUUCAUCAACCACAUCUCCAACAACAAGCAAUCCAACAACAUCAGCAGCUGUAACAUCUGAAUCCACGACUCUUACUACAGUAACUUCAACUUCAGAGAGUACACCAGCACAAACUACAACUACAGCUUCAUCAACCACAUCUCCAACAACAAGCAAUCCAACAACAUCCGCAGCUGUAACAUCUGAAUCCACGACUCUUACUACAAAACCUUCAACUUCAGAGAGUACACCAGCACAAACUACAACUACAGCUUCAUCAACCACAUCUCCAACAACAAGCAAUCCAACAACAUCUGCAGCUGUAACAUCUGAAUCCACGACUCUUACUACAAUACCUUCAACUUCAGAGAGUACACCAGCACAAACUACAACUACAGCUUCAUCAACCACAUCUCCAACAACAAGCAAUCCAACAACAUCCGCAGCUGUAACGUCUGAAUCCACGACUCUUACUACAAUACCUUCAACUUCAGAGAGUACACCAGCACAAACCACAACUACAGCUUCAUCAACCACAUCUCCAACAACAAGCAAUCCAACAACAUCCGCAACUGUAACAUCUGAAAUCACGACUCUUACUACAAUACCUUCAACUUCAGAGAGUACACCAGCACAAACUACAACUACAGCUUCAUCAACCACAUCUCCAACAACAAGCAAUCCAACAACAUCAGCAGCUGUAACAUCUGAAUCCACGACUCUUACUACAGUAACUCCAACUUCAGAGAGUACACCAGCACAAACUACAACUACAGCUUCAUCAACCACAUCUCCAACAACAAGCAAUCCAACAACAUCCGCAGCUGUUACACCAGCACAAACCACAACUACAGCUUCUUCAACCACAUCUCCAACAACAAGCAAUCCAACAACAUCCGCAGCUGUAACAUCUGAAUCCACUACUCUUACUACAAAACCUUCAACUUCAGAGAGUACACCAGCACAAACUACAAUUACAGCUUCAUCAACCACAUCUCCAACAACAAGCAAUCCAACAACAUCCGCAGCUGUAACAUCUGAAUCCACUACUCUUACUACAAUACCUUCAACUUCACAGAGUACACCAGCACAAACUACAACUACAGCUUCAUCAACCACAUCUCCAACAACAAGCAAUCCAACAACAUCCGCAGCUGUAACAUCUGAAUCCACUACUCUUACUACAAAACCUUCAACUUCAGAGAGUACACCAGCACAAACUACAACUACAGCUUCAUCAACCACAUCUCCAACAACAAGCAAUCCAACAACAUCCACAGCUGUAACAUCUGAAUCCACGACUCUUACUACAAAACCUUCAACUUCAGAGAGUACACCAGCACAAACUACAACUACAGCUUCAUCAACCACAUCUCCAACAACAAGCAAUCCAACAACAACUACAGCUUCAUCAACCACAUCUCCAACAACAAGCAAUCCAACAACAUCCGCAGCUGUAACAUCUGAAUCCACUACUCUUACUACAAAACCUUCAACUUCAGAGAGUACACCAGCACAAACUACAACUACAGCUUCAUCAACCACAUCUCCAACAACAAGCAAUCCAACAACAUCCACAGCUGUAACAUCUGAAUCCACGACUCUUACUACAAAACCUUCAACUUCAGAGAGUACACCAGCACAAACUACAACUACAGCUUCAUCAACCACAUCUCCAACAACAAGCAAUCCAACAACAUCCACAGCUGUAACAUCUGAAUCCACGACUCUUACUACAAAACCUUCAACUUCAGAGAGUACACCAGCACAAACUACAACUACAGCUUCAUCAACCACAUCUCCAACAACAAGCAAUCCAACAACAUCCGCAGCUGUAACAUCUGAAUCCACGAUUCUUACUACAAAACCUUCAACUUCAGAGAGUACACCAGCACAAACUACAACUACAGCUUCAUCAACCACAUCUCCAACAACAAGCAAUCCAACAACAUCCGCAGCUGUAACAUCUGAAGCCACGACUCUUACUACAAUACCUUCAACUUCAGAGAGUACACCAGCACAAACUACAACUACAGCUUCAUCAACCACAUCUCCAACAACAAGCAAUCCAACAACAUCCACAGCUGUAACAUCUGAAGCCACGACUCUUACUACAAUACCUUCAACUUCAGAGAGUACACCAGCACAAACUACAACUACAGCUUCAUCAACCACAUCUCCAACAACAAGCAAUCCAACAACAUCCACAGCUGUAACAUCUGAAUCCACGACUCUUACUACAAAACCUUCAACUUCAGAUAGUACACCAGCACAAACUACAACUACAGCUUCAUCAACCACAUCUCCAACAACAAGCAAUCCAACAACAUCCGCAGCUGUAACAUCUGAAUCCACUACUCUUACUACAAUACCUUCAACUUCACAGAGUACACCAGCACAAACUACAACUACAGCUUCAUCAACCACAUCUCCAACAACAAGCAAUCCAACAACAUCCACAGCUGUAACAUCUGAAUCCACUACUCUUACUACAAUACCUUUAACUUCAGAGAGUACACCAGCACAAACUACAACUACAGCUUCAUCAACCACAUCUCCAACAACAAGCAAUCCAACAACAUCCACAGCUGUAACAUCUGAAUCCACGACUCUUACUACAAAACCUUCAACUUCAGAGAGUACACCAGCACAAACUACAACUACAGCUUCAUCAACCACAUCUCCAACAACAAGCAAUCCAACAACAUCCGCAGCUGUAACAUCUGAAUCCACGACUCUUACUACAAAACCUUCAACUUCAGAGAGUACACCAGCACAAACUACAACUACAGCUUCAUCAACCACAUCUCCAACAACAAGCAAUCCAACAACAUCCGCAGCUGUAACAUCUGAAUCCACGAUUCUUACUACAAAACCUUCAACUUCAGAGAGUACACCAGCACAAACUACAACUACAGCUUCAUCAACCACAUCUCCAACAACAAGCAAUCCAACAACAUCCGCAGCUGUAACAUCUGAAGCCACGACUCUUACUACAAUACCUUCAACUUCAGAGAGUACACCAGCACAAACUACAACUACAGCUUCAUCAACCACAUCUCCAACAACAAGCAAUCCAACAACAUCCACAGCUGUAACAUCUGAAGCCACGACUCUUACUACAAUACCUUCAACUUCAGAGAGUACACCAGCACAAACUACAACUACAGCUUCAUCAACCACAUCUCCAACAACAAGCAAUCCAACAACAUCCACAGCUGUAACAUCUGAAUCCACGACUCUUACUACAAAACCUUCAACUUCAGAUAGUACACCAGCACAAACUACAACUACAGCUUCAUCAACCACAUCUCCAACAACAAGCAAUCCAACAACAUCCGCAGCUGUAACAUCUGAAUCCACUACUCUUACUACAAUACCUUCAACUUCACAGAGUACACCAGCACAAACUACAACUACAGCUUCAUCAACCACAUCUCCAACAACAAGCAAUCCAACAACAUCCACAGCUGUAACAUCUGAAUCCACUACUCUUACUACAAUACCUUUAACUUCAGAGAGUACACCAGCACAAACUACAACUACAGCUUCAUCAACCACAUCUCCAACAACAAGCAAUCCAACAACAUCCACAGCUGUAACAUCUGAAUCCACGACUCUUACUACAAAACCUUCAACUUCAGAGAGUACACCAGCACAAACUACAACUACAGCUUCAUCAACCACAUCUCCAACAACAAGCAAUCCAACAACAUCCGCAGCUGUAACAUCUGAAUCCACGACUCUUACUACAAUACCUUCAACUUCAGAGAGUACACCAGCACAAACUACAACUACAGCUUCAUCAACCACAUCUCCAACAACAAGCAAUCCAACAACAUCCACAGCUGUAACAUCUGAAUCCACGACUCUUACUACAAAACCUUCUACUUCAGAGAGUACACCAGCACAAACUACAACUACAGCUUCAUCAACCACAUCUCCAACAACAAGCAAUCCAACAACAUCCACAGCUGUAACAUCUGAAGCCACGACUCUUACUACAAAACCUUCAACUUCAGAGAGUACACCAGCACAAACUACAACUACAGCUUCAUCAACCACAUCUCCAACAACAAGCAAUCCAACAACAUCCGCAGCUGUAACAUCUGAAGCCACGACUCUUACUACAAUACCUUCAACUUCAGAGAGUACACCAGCACAAACUACAACUACAGCUUCAUCAACCACAUCUCCAACAACAAGCAAUCCAACAACAUCCGCAGCUGUAACAUCUGAAUCCACUACUCUUACUACAAAACCUUCAACUUCAGAGAGUACACCAGCACAAACUACAAUUACAGCUUCAUCAACCACAUCUCCAACAACAAGCAAUCCAACAACAUCCGCAGCUGUAACAUCUGAAUCCACUACUCUUACUACAAUACCUUCAACUUCACAGAGUACACCAGCACAAACUACAACUACAGCUUCAUCAACCACAUCUCCAACAACAAGCAAUCCAACAACAUCCGCAGCUGUAACAUCUGAAGCCACAACUCUUACUACAAUACCUUCAACUUCAGAGAGUACACCAGCACAAACUACAAUUACAGCUUCAUCAACCACAUCUCCAACAACAAGCAAUCCAACAAAAUCCACAGCUGUAACUUCUGAAUCCACGACUCUUACUACAAAACCUUCAACUUCAGAGAGUACACCAGCACAAACUACAACUACAGCUUCAUCAACCACAUCUCCAACAACAAGCAAUCCAACAACAUCCGCAGCUUUAACAUCCGAAUCCACGACUCUUACUACAAUACCUUCAACUUCAGAGAGUACACCAGCACAAACCACAACUACAGCUUCUUCAACCACAUCUCCAACAACAAGUAAUCCAACAACAUCCGCAGCUGUAACAUCUGAAUCCACGACUCUUACUACAAUACCUUCAACUUCAGAGAGUACAUCAGCAAAAACCACAACUACAGCUUCAUCAACCACAUCUCCAACAACAAGCAAUCCAACAACAUCCACAGCUGUAACAUCUGAAUCCACAACUCUUACUACAAAACCUUCAACUUCACAGAGUACACCAGCACAAACUACAAUUACAGCUUCAUCAACCACAUCUCCAACAACAAGCAAUCCAACAACAUCCACAGCUGUAACAUCUGAAUCCACGACUCAUACUACAAUACCUUCAAUUUCAGAGAGUACACCAGCACAAACUACAACUACAGAUUCAUCAACCACAUCUCCAACAACAAGCAAUCCAACAACAUCCGCAGCUGUAACAUCUGAAUCCUCUACUCUUACCUCAAAACCUUCAACUUCAGAGAGUACACCAGCACAAACUACAACUACAACUUCUUCAACCACAUCUCCAACAACAAGUAAUCCAACAACAUCCGCAGCUGUAACAUCUGAAUCCACUACUCUUACUACACUGUGA